UACAAACGUUUUGACAAAGGUUCUGCCGACUUUCAUCGAAAAGCUGAAUUUAGAUAAUGUAUUGAUUAGUCUCCUGACGGAAGGCGUACUUUCAAUCGACCAGCUGAAGGAAAUCAAAAAAAAACUAACGAAAUCAGAUCGCAUGAACGCCUUUGUAUCUGCAAUUAGUAAAAAUGGUGCAGAUGCUUAUAACGUAUUAAAGACAGCUCUGAAAGAAUCCGGCCAAGAACACCUUGCAAAUUACAUAGAGGAAGUUGAAAAAGAGUUCAUUUCUACAGACGGGGACGAAGUGAAUGUAUCAGCCACAGAAAGUGUACCGCCACAAGAAGAAAAAGCCAUAUAUACAAGAGUUUUAACAAAGGUUCUGCAGACUUUCACCGAGAAGCUGAAUUUAGAUUCAAUCUUGAUUAGUCUCCUGACAGAAGGCAUACUUUCAGCCGACAAGCUAAAGGAUAUUAAAACACAGAAAACGAUAUCAGAUCGUAUGAGCGCCUUUGUAUCGGAAAUUAGUAAAAAAGGUGAAGAUGCUUAUAAUGUGUUAAAGACAGCUCUGAAAGAAUCCGACCAAGAAUACCUUGCAAAUUACAUAGAGGAAGUUGAAAAAGAGUUUACUUCUUCAGACGGGGACGACGUGAAUACAAAUUUGUCGAGCUUGUCAGCCACAGAAAGAGAACCGCCACAAGCUUCUGCAAAUGAACUGACCUCAACACCAGACCAGGUACUAAAGGGCUCAGACAUAUGUAACGAAAUAGUUGACAAAUCCCGAAACACAAAAGAGGAUUCUGUCUCAAAGACAGCUGCUGCAAUAAAACAUAUACUUCACGUGCUCGGGUUGACUGAACAUAUGAAAACAAAGAUAACGACUUCGGAAGCAAUUCAAAUUGACCUCUCCGGCGACGAAAGUAAAACCCCUAAAUACGAUGACAUACCUUUCAAGUUUCUACAAAGGCUUUUAGCUGGGAACAGUGAUGCUAUGGAUUAUGAGUCUUACAGCAGCAGGAAAAACAUUGAUUCAAAAUCAAGCGGAUCUGUGGUUGAUAUGUAUCAACGUAAAAAAAAGCGUAAGAUCAGUCCGUUAGAUCUAUUUUUGUUAGUUUUUCAAUGUUGUGAUCCUAUGCUAAAACAACUCUUAUUUCAAAAGCUUUACAUCUGUAAACUAGCUUUACCCUUUAUCUAUACAGAGUACCCAUCCACAAAACCUGUUAUGUCCGUCUGGCCACUCCGUUCUCUUGUAGUUGAGACUAGCAAUGCUGAAGGUAAAACGGUAGAAUAUGAGUUAUUUGACCUACCGAGUAAUGUCGUUUCUUUCAUGCGUUUCGGAAGACCAAACUUUUCUAAAUCGAAACUUAUCAAUGGUUUUCUGUGUGAUAAAUGGUGCGAAACAUUUUUUCAUAAAGAUCGCCCAUUAGGUAUGAGUACAAGGUAUUGCUCCGGUGGGUAUGUUGAAAUGUUUGUACUGCCUGUAAUAUCUGGUGGAAGCGGCGAUUUAAAGCAGCCGGUUUUGCUUUUAAAUGUAAGGGGCGAUGUAAAAACGGAUUUCACAGAACCCGUUUAUGAAACUGUCUCAAGAAUAUCUGAUGUAACAGCAGUAAUCGUUGAUUCAAAUACCUUUAGCGAAAACAACGCUUUUCUAGAAGAAACAGUAAAACGUUUUUCAAGAGUUUUAUUAAUUUUCAAUGGCCCGAUAGGUCGGCCCAAUGGCAAAACAUUUCGGAUGUUGCAAAAGUUUGAAAGUAACAUCCGGGAUUGCCACACAAUAAGGCUAAUGAUUUUGUCGACAUACUCGGAAAUCGAUGAAAAGAAUGAAGAUGUUAUCACCAAGGAAACGCGAGAAAUGAUAUCUGAUUUGCUUCUUAGUGAUUCGAUUGACCCUCAAUCUUUAGAAGACAGGUUAGACAGGUUUGAAAAUUUGUCAAUAGAAACUGACGAAAGUGUGUGUUGUACAGAGGCAAAGAAAUCAGCUAACUCUAUCAUAGCAUUAAUGGAUAAAAUAUCUUUACCGGAUAAAUGGGUUGAACUUGUGACACCAAUUCAACACAAAAAUUCAAAAAAACUGGGCAUGCUUGUAAAAGAAAGUUUUAGAAGUAAAGACAUUGACUCAGUCGACGACAUUAGAACAAGAAUGUCAGAGAUAAGAAAUCUAGAAGAAUCUCACAUAUCUUCUUCGAUCAAAUCAUUAAGCCACUGUCUCGUCAAACACCAGAACAAUGUGUCAUACAUUCAUUAUCUUUUGAGGUGGGUGAAGAUACUUCUGGAACGCCAAAAGAGAACCUGUGAGAGAAGAGCUGUCAACUCUUCACCUCUGCGUUCUGACGAUGUAUCGGAUAGAACAAACCCUGUGAAUAACACUGAUUCUUCUUACCUCGAAAUUGAUCAUAUUUUUCGCGAAAUUGGGCAUAUAGCCGAUUCGGCUAUAAUCUCCAAAACAAACCAUUAUGCGAUAGGCUUUCCACCAAUUUCGGACUUAGCUAAAGUUGUUGCAGCUCUUGUAGCAGGUGGAUAUAAGUUAGAAUUGCUCGACGGAAAUAAUUUUUUUUUGCCGACUGAAUGGAUCAAAUUAGUACUUACGUUUGUGCAUGAACUAACAGGUCAGCGGAAAGUAUUGGCUGUAUCUGUUUUAGGCAUUCAAAGCUCUGGAAAAUCAACUUUGCUGAAUACUAUGUUUGGUUCAGAAUUUCCUACUGGUUCUGGCAGAUGCACAAAAGGAAUACAGAUGCAGAUGAUACAAGUAAAGCAAAAGGGUAUUUCUGAUCGAAAACACCCGUUUGAAUACGUUCUACUUAUUGAUACAGAGGGUGUUCGAGCCCCAGAACUGCUCGACACACACAGCACUGGUUACAGAAGAGACAAUGAAAUGUCGACAAUCACAACAGGUAUAGGGGACAUUACACUACUUAAUGUCAUGGGCGAGAAUUCAAGUGAAAUGCGUGAUAUUUUACAGAUUUUAGUACACGCAUUUUUGAGACUUAAACUCGCAAAUAAAAGAUCGAACAUUCAUAAAAGUUGUUAUUUCUUACAUCAAAACGUAUCUGAUAUGCAAGCUUCUUUGAAAAUGAAACAAGGUUUGUGGCAGUCAGUGAAAACCCUAGACAAAGCAACAGAAGAAGCGGCUAGCUUUGAAUGUAUUUCUGAUAUUACUAAAUUUAGUGAGGUAAUUGAAUUUGUUCCAAAAUCUCAUGUAUGGUAUUUACCUAAUGCUUGGCAAGGCCACCCUCCCGUAGCCAGACUAAACCAAAAGUAUUGUGAAAUGGGUGUAAAACUGAAGUAUCACUUAGUGAAUAAAUCAACUGUUACGCAUGAUAAGUCGUUUAAAACUCUGAAAGAUACAGUUUUGUAUAUAGAAGAUUUGUGGAAAGGUGUUCUUGCUGAAAAUUUUGUGUUUUCCUUUCGUAAUAGCAUUGAAAAGAAAGCUAACAUCGUACUAGAAAAGAAAAUGAAAGAGGAACUGUGGUCUUUAGAAUGUUCGUUUGAUGAUAUAAUGUUUCAAAAGGCACAAAACAGUUUUAAUCAAUGUGAAAGCGUUUCAAGUGUAAUAACGAAAAAAGAAGAAGUAAUAUUGGAAAUGGCACAUACUAUUACAAAUCUUAAAUCGCAAACACUUGAAAAGAUGGAAAAAUUCUUUAAUGAACACGAUUAUAAAGAAACAAUGAUAAACUGGAAAGAACAUACUAUGAAGCAUAUACAAACAUUUUGUAAGGAUGUGGUUGACAAUAGAAAGCCAGAAAUUGAGAGAUUGUCAACUAAUCGAAAGAUUGAUAUUGUAGUUAGCACAUUGCGUAUAAAACAUGAAGAAGACCUUCGACGAAAGUCACUGGAACUUCAGAAAGAACUGACACCUUCAGGAAAGAAUAUCGACUUAGAAAAAGCAAAUAAAAUGUUUGAGCAAAUAUGGGCAACUUUUGUUGAGAAAUCGUUGAGCGCAGAUAUCUCCAGGAGUUUUGAGUCAGAAUAUUCGUUAAGAAAAUACUUUCUAGAAUGUUUAAGAGACAUAUAUAAAAGUCACGAUACAGAACUGCAACGGUCUCUCAGUGACCACAGUUUUUUAGAGAAAAGUCCUGGAAUUAGAAUGUUGUCUGAAUCACAUGAGACAACUGGAAUUGAUGAAAACGAUAUAAGCAUUGUUUCAAGAGGCGGUAAAAACGAGGAUGCGUCUUUGAAAACAAUAUUUUCUAGAGCGAAGGAAGCAGUACAAAGUAUAUAUCAUGAUGUCGAUCUAAAUAUCAAACAUGUUUGUCAGAAAAAACAAGAUAUUACAUAUAGGGAUAUAAGACAAUUUCUAAAUAAAGUUGAUAGUUUGAUGAAAGACGCCAAUACGCGGAAUAGCUCUUCUUUCACCUUUACGAUUACAGGUAUAUUGAAGGUUGUUGUUCACGUAAGCUGCUAUUCAUAUUUUCGAUUUAAGCAGGUUAAUUCUACAUAUCGGCAGUCGCAAAGUUUAGAAAGUCGCCUAGAAAUGUACAAACAAAUAGAACGAGAACGUUUUUUUGCUUAUUUAAUGGAGCGAAGAUCUGAAGAUACUGCCGCUUGUCUGAUGCAGCAUGCAAUCAAAGACAAUCUUCGUGUAAUCUUGUACGACAAAAUAUCAAAGAAGGUGAAACUCGCGUUGAAUGAUAAAUUGCCAUCACUUAAACAUAAACUGUUAUUAGAAAUUGUAACAGAAUUGGUAAGUGAAGACUCGUUUAUCAGUUUUAUGCGUUACAUACUCAGUCCUAGAUUCUAUGCCCAAGAUUGGGUACAAAAGAAGGCUGAUCAUAUUCUUUUCUCUGACGACUCAAAACUAUAUGAAAAAUUAGCCGAAGCUGAAAUUUCUGCAUAUAUGCAUGAUAUUGAAAUGUGCCUCUCUAAAUGCAGCAAAUCCUUUCCAGGAGAUACAGUCAUCAUUAAACAAUGGUUUGAAUAUUUCAUAUCUUUGCUUACAACAUUGCAACUUCCAAAAGAAUGUUUUUCUGACGCGGAAAAAGAGUUAGAACGAAUGGAACAUGUAAAUAUUCUUUACUUUAAAGAUAAGAUAAUUGAAAAUUUGCAAAGCAUAUCAACAGCUCUCCUCAAUGAGUUUAAAGCAACAAAUGAAUUGACAGAAGUUACUUGGAGCGGUUCAAAUCCAAUAAACGAUUUAUUUGAAAAAGUAUGGGGUUGUCCCGAAGCGUGUUUAUUUUGUGGAGAACCUUGCAUACUUGGGUAUACCCAUGAUGGAGAAAUCAGCCAUAAAUGUGCACAACAUAGGCCAAUAGGAAUUUGCGGAGUGUUUGGUGACAAAGAAAACACGUUAUUUUUACGACCAUGCCAUGUUAAUGUUGUUGGGGAUGCAGAUGCACCAUGCUACAUAUUUGAUUUUAAAUGCAACCCACAAAACAGAAGUCCUUGCAAAACAGGAAGGCAUCCAUUUAAAGAUUAUAAAUUAUUUGUUUCUGAUUGGGACAUAGAACCAAAAAGUUAUUCGGAUUGCUCACAAUUUUGGAUGUGGUUUAUGAGUAGAUAUGAUAAAGAACUAAGCAGUUAUUACAAAGCAAAACUGACAAACGUACCAGACUGGUGGAAAAGUAUACAAGUUGAGGAUGCAUUGACAGAUUUAAAGUUAAGCUAUCUCGUCAGCUCUCGGCAGUUUUCUUAGUAUAAACAUGUUACGCUUUCUCGAAAUAACCUGUACCCAUCGACGUAAUUUUAUAAGAAUUGAAAGAUGCUCAUAAUAAGGAGCAUUAUUCUUUCUUAAUUUUAGUUACAUUGUAAAACAAGCAUCAUUUCUUCCUAUAAUUUGUGACAGUAUGGUUUUUUAAUAUUUAAUUAAGGUACUAGGUCACUAAUAGUAAUGUUUACAAAAUGGCUUUUGCUUGGUAUAUUCUGAAAGGUAACCGUGUUUUGCACAUUUUUGCAAUUCUUUAAAAACUUUUACCGUGCCGUUUUUUUUUUUUUAUAAAUUUUGUAUAACUUAUGGUAUCUCCUCAUCUCCUCAAGCUAAAGUAGAGACAAAUUUCAAACUGAUAGCCACUAUCCAAAACGUUUGCAGAGAACUUAUUUUAGCAUUUAUUUUAAUAAAAGAAACAUCAAACUAUUAGUAAACAAUUUUAAAACUAUUGCCAGACAGAUAUUUUCUAUCGUAAAACCUUCCUUUCCUUUUAAAGGAGUUGGAAGCAAAAAAUGCUUUUGGUAAAGUCUUACCAUGAAUAAAUAUUUUUAAUUGAGAAAUAGCUAUAAUAGCAAGCAAAUUGAUUAACAUUUUGACUCUGUAGACGCUAAAUGAAACAAAACAUAAAAUCCUACACAUACAUAUACCUAUACAAGUUUAAAAUGGCCAACUCUCUGAUAACGAACAUGCGAAUCACGGACAUAAUUAAUGCUACGUGAAAAUGUAGAUUAACAUUGACACUAUAACAUACGUUGACAUCAUUCAACCUGAAGCAAUGUUAAUAUAAAAAUGCAUUUUGUAUAUUUAAUAAUAAAAUAUUUGAUAAGAUACAGUUGUUAAUUUACGUUAGAAAUUGAUCGCAUCUCGGUACUUUUGGCAACAUUUUUUGAAUUUAAAGAACCGAGCAUACGUUAGACAUCAUACAAUUUGUGUUUCAUAAUUUUAAAAGUAGGUUCCACUGCUUACAGACAUGUUAGUAAGCUCAGUAGAUGGAACAUAGGUCGAUUUUGAAUAAGAUAUCUAGACGAUAUAUUUUUUAUGACGAUGUGACGGAGAUGUUUUGUCUAAAGGUAUUUAAAUAAGGAAUAUUAAUAAUAUCUGCCAUGUGUUUACGAAUCGGAUACGAAUUAGUCCUGAGGGCACCUGCACAUUGUGCGGUAAUGAGGUUUGCGUGCAUGAACCACUAGUUGUCAUUAACAGCACAAGAGUCAUCUGGCAUGGGGGUGCCAGAUUGGUCUUGCCGGCAUGUGUAAAAUUACCAGAAACGCCCGUCAAGUAUGCAUGAAUGUAUGUUUAAGCAUUGAUGUAGAAUAUGGAAAAUUGUGCUGUAACUGACACAAUUAUUUUAAUUACAACUAUCAAUUUACUUCAUAUAUUUUGUUAACUUCUUGCUACACAUACUUUAGAAUACGAUUGUACGAGGACUGUUCAAACAUAACGUAGACUUUUGCUGUCAAAUGUUGCUUAUUGUGUUAAUAAUUAUGUGAAAUAUAUCGUUGUAAUUCGGAAUCUCUUUGAGCUAAUGUAUAAUAUUGAUACUCCAUUAGUCACGACUAAACUAGAAUUGGAAUGAAAUAGUUUUAUUUAAUAAAAUAAUUAAUAGCAGAUAAUAAAUAGUAUCGGUUAACAUUUUUUUAAAUUCUAUUUGUGCAGUUUCAUUACAUCUGAGUAGGUGUAGAAGUUGUUAAAUAAAUAAUCCACUUCAGUUGAUAGAUUUUUGUAAAUGUAAUUCUUCUUCUUUCAAUUUGCACAACAAUUUAUUUUUUCUGGUUUAUUGUUCCAUAUGAAGUUAUACAUGUUUUCGUCAUUUCUGUAAAUUUUCUUCAGACUUGGUAAUAGAUGUUUUCAACUUACUUUAACGCGAACUGACGACAGUGGAAUGCGUACUUACAGUAGGGUUUUUCACAAGAUAUUUAAAGGUUCGCAAACAAAAACAUAUUUAGGGUAUAUAUGAUUCUUUCACCUAUAAGUGUAGUAACUUUUGCCUUCAUUGUACAAAUUAGGGUAUUGUGAUAUAAUUAUCUACUAUUAUGCAAUACCAACGUUUGAAAAUAUAUUGAUAGUGAACAGGCUACAUUUAAAACACGUAAUCGCAAUAUGCAGAUGUCAUCUAACUACUCUGUUGUACUUGCGUUAAGCAGAAUCUUCAAUUAUCCAUAUGCUUUAACAUUUUGUUUCUAUAUUUUGAAACAUUUCUGGCGUUACUUUACCUCCACGCGAAUCGAACGACAUGACAUGUUAACCCACUGUACUACAAAACCUUAGCUUAAUAUGUUCAUGCAUUAAAAAAUAUAACUUGAAACAUGGAUUUGAAGAUAACGGUGAUUCCUGGUUUAAAGGUAUUGGACCCCUAAUAGUAAUGUUUAAAACAUGGCAUUUGCUUGGUAUAUUCUUAACGUUGACCAUUUUUGCACUGUGUUGCAAAUUUAAAACAACGUUUACCGUGCCGUUUUUUGUAAAUUAUGUACAGUUUAUUGUAUUUCCUCAAGCCCAAGUUGAGACAAAUUUCAAUGUGAUGGCCACUAUCUAAAACGUUUGCAGAGAAUUCAUUACAUCAUUAAUUAUGACUAAAGAAACAUCAAACUAUUGUUUAACAAUUAUAAAACACAAAAUAAAACUGUAAAUAUCAUUUUUUUCUAGGGUGCCUCAAGGAUACAGAAAUAAUGAGACAGAAUUUUAACUCCAACAUUGAAAAAUAAAGGUCAGAUACUGUGGGCUUGUUUUGAAUUUUGCUCACUUUAUUCAAAAAUAACCUUGGGAGAGAAGUAAAACCUACUGGCAUUUCUUCCACAAUAUGUAAUCUAAAGAAUGAAGGCAAAAUAGAGAACGUUUACCGCAUGUAACUCAGUAUUUUUAAAGAUGUCUAACUCUACCCCUCUUGAUUCAGAGGUAAAUUUACUCUGAACAGCAAGAAAUCGUUUAUAAAAUAAAAAGUUUUCACUUUUGUACAAUACAUCCAUAAUAAGUCUUGAAAGAAGUAAAAUCUUACUAGAAAAAGGAAAAUAUGGAAAAACAUUGGGUCCCAGUGGGGCUUGAAUUCUGUAUGGUCAUUUGAUACAACCAGCUCUGUAGUCGAGACUAGCCUUUAUCAAAGCCUUUUUACUCGAGUACUUUUUCGAACACAUGUAUACAUAUGGUAUGUGUAGAUACUCGGCUGUGGGUAACUUGGACAAAGAUUUAAACUCAUGAAAACUUACGGUAUAUGGUUUAAAAUUUUAUAAUGUAGCCAUCUUUUAUAUCCUGAUAACGUGGCCAGGAUAACUGAAUUAAUUCAGUAGCGUAUAAUAGGUCCAAGCGUUAUAGGCCCAAGCAUUCAUGAGUUAUUGUCCGGAAACCGUUUUACUGUUCCUGGUCACUGUGACCUUGACCUUUGACCUACUGAUCUCAAAAUCAAUAGGGGACAUCUGCUUGUGAUGACCAACCUCCCUAUUAACUUUAACGAUCCUAGGCCCAAGCAAUCUUGAGUUACCAUCUGGAAAUCUUUAACUGUUCAGGGUCAACUUGAUCUUUGACAUACUGACCUCAAAAUUGAUAGGGGUCUUCUCUUAGUUAUGACCAUCCUCCCUAUUAACUUUCAUAAUCCUAGGGCCAAGUGUUCAAGUCAUCAUCCAAAACCCGUUUAACUAUUCAGGGUCACUGUGACCUUGACCUUUGACAUAAAGAUCUCAAAAUCAAUAGGUGUCAUUUGCUGGUAAUGGCCAACUUUUCUAUAAACGUUCAUGGUCCUAGGCCAAAGCGUUCUUGAGUUAUCAUCAGGAAACGGAUAGGUCUACAUUCCGCCCGACCGAUCGACCGAAAGACCGACCGACAUCUGCAAAAAAUAUACCCCUCUCCUUCUUCGAAAGGGGUAGGGGGGGGGGGGGGGGGGGAGAGGGGAGAAUGAAACGAAUAAGUUUGUGAUAUCUUGUUUAUAAAUACGGUAGGGUAGCAGAAAGAUUUGAGUAGAUAGAUACAUUUAUAAAAAGAAAUAUAAAAGGUGAAACGAUAUUGUUUUUAAAUGCUUUGUUUGUUUGUUUGUUUGUUUUGGCUUUAACGCCGUUUUUCAACAGUAUUUCAGUCAUGUAACGACGGGCAGUUAACCUAACCAGUGUUCCUGGAUUCUGUACCAGUACAAACCUGUUCUCCGCAAGUAAGUGCCAACUUCCCCACAUGAAUCAGAGGUGGAGGACUAAUGAUAUCAGACACAAUGUCGUUUAUCAAAUAGUCACGGAGAACAUACGCCCUGUCCGAGGAUCGAACUCGCGACCCCGAGAUCCGUAGACCAACGCUCUUACCUAUUGAGCUAAGCGGGCGGGGUUUUUAAAUGCACCCACGCUGUUAAGAAUGCUUGUAAGACGAAAUACAUGUACAUCGGUAAUUCAUAUAUACAGUACAAAGGAUAUUAAUAUAUCCUAUAACUGUCUUUUCCCGGAUAGUACGUAUUACAUGUUAAAUAUGGCGCUGUUCAGUUAUGCAUAAAAACGUAUAUACAGUUUGAGAAAACCCCUACAGUAAGUUCGCAGUCCGUGGUCCGCAGUACGCGUCGAAGUAAGCUGAAAAUCUCUAUUACUGUAAACGGAUUUAUAAAUUUCGGUAAUGGUAAGAUUUUUAUCACUGUACUUUGUCCUAAUAAUGUUGAUUUCCUGUUGUUGUUUUUUUUUUGUUUUUUUAUUUGUUUUUUUUUUUUGUGUGUGUAUUUUUUCCAUUGUUUCAAUCAGUUUUAAUGCUAUUUAAUUUAAGCAUUGUUCGAGAAUAUCAUUUCAAAUGUUUUUUCCGAUUCAGAUGCCAAUUAAAAUGUUUACAAUUACAUAGUUCUAUAUCUUUGUUUACUAACGAUCCAGCUUUUACAAUGUUCGUUUAACUGAAUUAAGGUUUAGGAGUAUAUCACCAAAACGCAGAAAUAUUUUAUAAACGAACAACAUCGUUACAA